AUGUCCACGAUUGUUGUUAUUGGCGCCGGCGUAAGCGGCCUCACCUGCGCCCUCCAACUAGCCAAGCAGGGAGGAAACACCAUCACCGUCGUAGCCAAGCACAUGCCCGGCGACUAUGACCCGGAAUAUACCUCCCCCUUCGCGGGCGCCAACGUCCUGCCCAUGGCUCUCGAGUACAACCGCUGGGAAGGCGAGACCUGGCCCGUCCUCAAGACCCUCGCCGAGACCGUUCCCGAAGCCGGCAUCCAUUUCCAGAAAUCCGUGCUCUACCGGCGGGCGAAAGACGAAGCGGCCGCCUUCGCGGGUCCCCUCUCCGACGGCCUUUUUCUGCGCAACCCGUGGUUCAAAGACCUAAUGCCCGACUACGUCGACUUGCCGGCCUCCGAGUUGCCGGAGGGCAUGUCCUCCGCCUCGUCGUUUACUUCGGUCUGCAUCAACACGGCUAUCUACCUGCCUUGGCUCGUCGGCCAGUGCAGGGCGCGGGGCGUCGUGUUCAAGCGGGCUGUGCUUAAGCACAUUUCUGAUGCGGAGAAGUUGAGCCACAACGGUCGCAAGCCGGAUAUUAUUAUUAAUGCUACGGGCUUGUUGAGCUGUCGGUUGGGUGGCGUGAUGGACAAGAAAGUCAUCCCCGCCAGAGGGCAGGUGGUGGUUGUCCGUAACGAGACCGGAGGAAAUAUGGUGUGCACGAGCGGGACGGACGAUGGGAAUGAUGAUGAGCUGUGCUAUAUCAUGCAAAGAGCGGCGGGCGGAGGGACCAUUCUGGGCGGGACUUAUAUGAAGUGCAACUGGGACGGCGUGCCGGAUCCGAAUGUUGCGAACAGGAUCAUGAAGCGCGCCGUGGAGGCGUGUCCGUCGUUGACGGGCGGGAAGGGCAUCGAGGCGCUGGAUGUGAUUAGACAUGCCGUGGGACUGAGGCCGUACAGAGAGGGAGGUGUGAGGAUCGAGAAGGAGAAGAUUGAUGGGACGUGGGUGGUGCAUAACUAUGGACAUGGCGGGUGGGGAUAUCAGGGCAGCUGGGGGUGUGCGUUUAGGGUCCAGGAGUUGGUGGAUGAGAUUAAGAGCGAGUUAAAGGUUGGAUCUAAGCUGUAG